UUAUUAUUAUUACAUUAACAAUGGCCGGUGCCAUUUGACCAAAAGAAAGAAGCUAUGGACGACAUGGCUGCCUACUAUCCUCCACCCUCAGCCCUUCUCCCUCCUCACUACCCUUACUACCAAACCCCUCCACCUGCUGUGACGCCGCCGCCUCCACCUCCUCCUCCUCCUCCUCCUGGUGCUGCUGCCCCUCCCCUCCAUUACCACUCCUACAUCCCCCACCAACAACCUCCGCUGCCCCCACCACCCCCUUUCCCCUCAUAUUCCUUUCCUCACGUCGCUGCUUAUUCUUCUCAUGACUCCGUUCGGACCCUCUUCAUCGCCGGCCUUCCCGAAGACAUUAAGCCUCGCGAGAUUUACAAUCUUUUCCGCGAAUUUCCCGGUUAUGAAUCAUCCCAUCUUCGGAGCCCCAAUACCUGCCAAAAUUCUCAGCCGUUCGCUUUUGCUGUCUUCUCCGACCAACAGUCUGCGCUCGCCGCGAUGCAGGCGCUUAAUGGAAUGGUGUUUGAUCUUGAGAAAGGAUCAACUUUGUUCAUUGAUUUUGCGAAAUCAAAUUCCCGAUCAAAGCACCCAAGAACAGAUGAGGAAUGGACUGGCUCUAAUAAGAAAUCGAGGGGAUCAUUUUCGAGGUCUACCAGUGAUUCGUCAGGUUUUGGAAGCGUUCAUGUGUCUGGAAUGGGUAAUUCUGCUUACAGCAUGAUUGGUUAUCCACCUGCACAAAGUUCGGGAAAUGUUGAUGCCAAUGCUGAGUCCACAGCUAUGAAAUCGAGUGCUAGCCCAUGUCCGACACUUUUUGUGGCUAAUCUAGGGGCAAGUUGUACAGAAGAGGAACUAAUUCAAGUAUUUUCAAGAUGCCCUGGGUUUCUGAAGUUGAAAAUGCAGAGUACGUAUGGAGCUCCAGUUGCAUUUGUUGAUUUCCAGGAUACUGCUUGUUCAACUGGUGCAAUCAACUCUCUGCAAGGGACAAUUCUAUACUCAUCACCAGCCGGAGACGGCAUGCGCUUGGAAUAUGCGAAAUCCCGGAUGGGAUUGCGAAGGAAACGGAAAUAAACGGUAUUGAAGCAGAGAUUGGUUUGCAAUAGUGACAGCAGAAGAACUGCCUGGCAAGCCACCUCCUUCAUAUCCUCAAAAUUUCUUAUUUGUAGUAUAAUAACAAAGUAACUAAGUAUUACAAGUUUAAGAUCAGUUUUGAUUUGGCCUCCACUUAAAUUAUAACUACUUUUACACUUAAAAAGUAUUAUUAUUGUUGUUGUUCAUGUCAUAUAGCUAGCAAGGUUUUUAAGGAAUUUCUUCCUUUCUCCCUAAUUAAAACUCUAAUUUUUGGUGGAAUGUUUUCUAAUAAUAAUAGCAGAUGAUGAUUUCAGUGUCCA